UUAAUUUUGUAUUUUCUUUUUUAGUAGUGUGACAAUGCUUUUUAUCAGUGACUCCUGAGUUAUAUUGGUGGGUGUCAUUGGAUUCUGCUUAAAAGUGAUCAAAAAGGCCUUGCCAUUAUAGCAGCCUACUUGCUUGAUGCAUCAUGCCUGAGGCAAUAGUCACAGAUGCUAAUGGAGAAGCUGCCAGAGGAGGCAGCAGUCCCAGCAAGAAGAAACCUGGCAAGAUGAUUGCAUGCCAAGUGCUUCUCCUUGACAGCUCUCUACUGGAGCUUGUUAUUGAUAAAAAGGCAAAGGGGAUGGACAUCCUCCAGAAGGUGGCUGACCAUGUCAACCUGCUGGAGAAAGACUAUUUUGGCCUCACCUACAGGGACCACAGAGAUCCUGAAAGCCCUGUUAAUUGGCUCAACCUUGACAAGAAGGUGUCGAGCCAAUUGAAAGGUCCUUGGAAGUUGAGUUUCCACGUCAAGUUUUACCCGCCUGAUCCAUCUCAGUUGGCUGAGGACAUCACUCGCUAUCAGCUCUGCCUGCAGGUGCGUCAAGACAUACUGUCAGGUAAGCUGCCCUGCUCUUUUGUGACCCAUGCUCUGCUGGGCUCCUACCUCGUCCAGUCUGAGGUGGGAGACUUUGACUCCCGUGAGCACACGAGCCCUCAUUACCUGGACAGCUUCGUCUUCGCUCCUGACCAGAGCCCUGAGCUGCCUGAGAAAGUCAUGGAGCUUCACAAGACUCACAGAGGACAAACCCCUGCAGAGGCUGAGCUCCUGUACCUCGAGAACGCCAAGAAGCUGGCGAUGUACGGCGUGUCUCUCCACCCUGCGCAGGACAACGAGGGUGUCGACAUCAUGCUGGGCGUGUGCGCCUCAGGGCUGCUCGUUUACAGGGACAGAUUACGAAUCAACAGAUUUGCAUGGCCAAAAAUUCUGAAGCUGUCGUACAAGAGGAACAACUUCUAUAUCAAGAUCAGGCCAGGGGAAUUCGAGAGAUACGAGUCUACCAUUGGCUUCAAGCUCGCCAACCACAAGGCUGCUAAAAGGCUGUGGAAAACUUGUGUGGAACAUCACACAUUCUUCAGACUGAUGACUCCUGAGGUGCCGGCCAAGACAGGCCUACUGCCACGUCUGGGCAGCAAGUUCCGCUACAGCGGCCGCACUCAGUACCAGAGCCGCAUGGCAGCGAGCCUCGCCACGCGCCACAACCCUGCCUUCACCCGCACCCUCAGCGGCAGGAAGCUGUCCUCUCGCAGCAUGGAUGCGCUCGGUGAGGCGGGUGAGAGCCCUGAGGUAUCGAAGCGUCACACGAUGAGCCACCCUCCCGAGCACAUCCCGGGGCUGGAGGGCAACGGCCGCAGCCCCACACACCCCUACGAUACUGUGCCUGACGAGCCCGCGGACCUCAGCGCGGCCCCCACCACCACGUCUCCUCUCAAGAAGGACAAGCAGCGCAGCGGCAGUAAGCGGCGCGACAGCGGCGCCUCUAGCGCCAGCUCCGCCAGCUCUCAGGAAGGAUCUUUUGAUGCCCCUAAAUUGCCUACUAACAAGCGUCCUGUCGGAGGCGUAGCCGUGCUGCCCAUGGGCGAGCCGCGUCUCAAGAGCCCUCAGGCCUCUAGUCCUCCUCAAAAGAACGGAGUCGGUACGGAAGCAUCCCCUGCAGGGGGUCUACAUAGACCUCUCGUUGGACGAACUUCUUCCCAGCAAAGCGAUGGAGCUCCCCGUGAAGUACUGGGCUUGCCAGGCGGCCCUCCGGACUCUCCUCCCUUCACCAGGCAAUAUUCAUACGAGGAGCUGGAGCACGAGCCACGCCGGGCCUAUUCGCCCACCGACCACGGUUUCCGCUACGACGGACAGGGCAAGAAAUCUCCGGGAGACGCGGGUCCGGGCAACGCAGCUAUCAAGCGCGGCAAAGCUCAGGCUUUCAAUUACUCCCCCGGGGAGGUCAAUGCUGCCGUAAUGGCUCGUAAGGAGAACAAACAAAAUCUUGGGGAAGGAGCACCCAGUGGUGGACCUGAAACUUCAGUUGAUGAUGUCAUGGUGGAGUCUGCUGACGCAGAACGCCCUCAAGGCUCCUCUGCUGACGCGGUGAUCUCAGAGGGAGCCGCGGCUGACGGUCUACUCGCUCAAAGCAAGGAUGGAAAAUUAAAGAAUAAGAAACAAAAAGAUGAGAAGUCUGAUAAAAACAAAUAUCGAACGAAGGAUGGCAAGAAGCUCACAAAAGAAGAGAAGGCUAAGCUUAAAGCUCAAAAAGAAUCCGAGAAGAAAGCUAAGAAAGAAAAAGAUAAGAAGAAGAAAAAGAGCAGAUUUGGUAUUUUUGGUGGUCGCAAAUCCAAGAAAGAAGUGUCCAGCUCAAGCAGCAGCAGCAGCAGUGCAUCUUCAGCGGAUUCUUCAAGUGAUUCAGACUCUGACGAGUCGGUGAUCAAGGAGGCGCGUGAAGAAGCACAGCCCGGGGACUUGGAUUCUUCACUUGCUGCCUCUGAGCGACUCAUGCACGAGUCUGGUAUACUGAGUCAAGCUGAUGUGUCUAACCGCAGCUACACUGUUGGUGACCACGCCGUCCCAGGGUCUGUUUUGGCCGCUCGCAACGCCGGGGCAAAUCUUGACCGAACUUCAUCGGGAGACUCGAGCCCUGCGUCGUCCGGACCUAAAGUUGUCCGCACUACCACUAAGAAAACCAUGGUGGCCAGCGGAGGAGAGGUCACCGAGUCCAUGAUACAGAAAACUGAAGACUUCAAUUCGGGAGAUGUGAAUAUCAGCACCACACGGCAGACGAAGGUUGCCGAGUCAGUUGAACGUGCGGCUCACAUCACAGCCACGACAGUGACCACCAUCAGCGAGCAGCACCACGAGGACACCAAAGCUCAACAAAAAACUCAGCAGGUGCAAGAGAAGACGUUCAAAGCGACCACGACGACUACGCAGGAAGGUCAGCAGGAGGAGACCAUCGUCACUCAGGAGACCAAGAAGCAGAGCCGCCUCAUGCAAGCCGCCGCUCCUGAAGGCCUUGGCAAGGCGCACGUGACGCGCAUCCCGUACUCGGACGUGCGCGCGUCCGUGAGUCCCGGACGCUCGCGCACAGUUUCCAGCGGCAGCGACGACUCUGGCACGUCAGUGGACCCCCUCGACGAUGCUCCUCCGGUCGAGGACCGGGAGCUUAUCAAGGUUGGGGUGAUCAAUCCUGACGACGUUCAUGGCGAGACGGAGAUAUUAAGCAGCCAGUCGAUCUCCAGCAAAACCCGCACCGUUGAGACCAUUACCUACAAGACCGAGCGCGACGGUGUUGUUGAGACGCGCGUUGAGAAGAAAAUCACGAUCCAGAGCGACGGCAACGACCCCAUCGACCACGACCAGGCACUCGCCGACGCUAUUCAGGAGGCCACCGCCAUGAAUCCUGACAUGACCGUCGAGAAAAUCGAAAUUCGACAACAGACAACCGACUAAAGGCGCUGUUAUGAGGAGACUUCGCUUUUGUUAUUCCCCUUCGUGUGUUUUUAAGUACAGGUUACCAUACUUCCUAUUCCUUCAAAUGAUUCCUUAACAAUCAGAUUGUUGGGUCUCUCGUAGCUUUCAGCUCUUCGUCAGAUCUCUUCAUUUACUUGGAUCCUGUUACUCUCAAUCCAUUUUCGCAUCAAUCAAAAUACGAUCACAGUUCGUGAUAAAUUAUUGUACCUAAAAUUACCACGGACUCGGUGACCUCUUAGAGGGAGUUGCAUGACGGAUGUGUGCUUUUUAUGACCCGGUAGUGUACGGAGACUGAACAAAUUGUAAUUCUGAUUGCUUUAUUACGUAUUUUGAUUAAGGCUGAAUGAACUGCGUGUCUCAAAAUAUAGCUAUACGUCAUUUUUAUUGAUUUCCUAGUUGAGACUCUAUUAGUCGAAUUUCCUUUUCUACGAGCGUAUAUCACAUUUUAUUCGUCUUAUAAUGGGCAAAAAAUAAAGUGCGGGAUCCGCUAUUCGAGAUUUUAUUAUGAUUGAAUUUAGUUUUAUAGAGAAUCUUAAGUCUUAACAAAUUCAUUGCGUACACAAUAAUUGAUUGUUGAAAAAUCUCGCUAAUAGGAGGCAUAAAGUCUGUACAAUGCUCAUAAUUGACUUGUGAUGACUACAUUUAGUGUCCACUCACUGAAAUGUAGGAAUGAAAGUGUUUAACUAGCAAACUGGUCGUCAUUAUCGUCGUCAAAAAAUUUCAUGUUGAAAAAAAUCGUUGCAUAAUUUAUUUUCAUUUUUAAUUCUUUCUUUAAAAGAAGUGAAAAAAUAUGGGAAUGAGGGUUGACCUAAAAAUGGUACUUGCUUGGAGGUGUGGGAGCGGCUACUUCAUUUCUUAGGCAGAAGCCAUGUACCGGUAACUAGGCAAAAGUGUCACCUCCAGGUUUGAAAAGAUAAAUCAUUAUAUAUUGUCUAAUUAUUCGGUCAACUAUUUUGGCAAAAUUUAAUCCCUAAGUCCCGGUGUUCUUACGAACUUUCUAUUCUCUUCGUUUCCGAAACAGACGAGUGCAGGAAUUGUCAUGCGACGUGCAGGUACUGGCACUGGGAGAGUGCGAUGUCCACUAUGGCGUCAGAUUUAUUUUUUAAGUGCGAACUUUGUUCUAAUUAGCUAAGUGCAAUGAAUAGAUUUCGUAAUUUUACGUUGUUUUCCGACUAGCUAAUAUUUACAUUCCCUGUGCAUUUAUUUCAUCGCUCUUAUUGUGAAUGCUUACUCGACUGCUCAGUUCACCCAAUAAUUAUUCUAUGCAUUUCUCGCUGAGUCUAUUAGUUAAUUGUGUGCAUAUUUUGCAGUGCUGCUGGUGCUAGACUUGUACUGUUAUUAUUUGAGUUAAUUUAUUCAUUGUUACAGUGCUUUGCGUAUUGUCAGGGCCAGCGUCUUGUGCGAGUGGCUUUUUAGAUCCGCGUAUCUAUUUUUUUGUAUCGUCUUGUAUCGCUUCUCUUUAUAUUUUUGAUCGAAUCUCAUUUUUGUGGAUAUCUGUCUUCGAGUCUAAUUGUUUCUGUGGCCUAUGUCAUAUCAACCUUUCUUGCAAUGGGAAUGAGAUUUUCAACCUGUAUACAAUCAAUAUUGGCCUAAAUAAAAAUAUUUAAUUCAAAAAUAUUCCUGGGCUUCAGGCGUUCAUCACAAAAGGCGUUUAUCAUGAACCAGCAUUUGUGUAUUGGAAAGUUCCCUGCCUACAUUUUCAAUGCAUCACGCGCAUUUUAAUCAAUCGUGUUCUCGUUCGAAGGAAAUUCCUAAGUAUCUUAUGUGGUAUAUACUUCUGCUAUAUAAUAGUUAGAUUGCCAUUCAUGUCGAUUGCUGCUGUGGUUUUGUUAUGUGGUAGCGUAACGAAAUGUGAUUAAAACUCCGUUUGGUCACAUUACUUCUCGUUGAAAUGUAAGGCAGGACGUGCCAAUGAGCAAGUAUUAAUCGUGGAAUUCACCUGCUUUGCUGUUCAAAUCUUCUGCAGUGAGGGACAGUAGUGUUUUGACAAAUAUAUGAAUGUCAAUUUUAAUCUUACAAAUUUAAAACAAGUAAAUGGAUUUUUUUCCGUUCACGUGCUAGCACUUUUCAUGGGCUUCUAUUUAGCUUAAUGAAAUUUCCGAUAUAUACGCUGUAUUUUACACUCUGCUAUAGCAUUGACUUAAUAUUCUGGACGAGCGCUGAGCCGUGACUGCUAUCUUGGUGCCUUGACAAGGUUGACUUGUACGCAUCCUUUGAAUUGAUAAAAACGGUUAUGCGGAGUGGAUUUAUGGUUAAUGAUAUGUAUAUUACUGACGCUGGAAUGUAUUGUGUCGUGCAGCUUGGCUUACUCGGAUGUUUUGUCUUGAACGAGAGCGCUUGAGAAACACUGUUGGCAGUGCUAAAUUUUGCAGCGCUAUUAUAUCAUAUAGAAUUUUUACUUCACGUAGGCUAGAGUUAAGUGCCUCACUAGAUACAGCGUAAGUUAAUCUGAAUAUCACGUAUCUCUCUUCUUCCUACAGCUCAUAUUGACGGUGAAUUUUUAUCUACAGCUAAUAAGAAGUCACGAAAAAUUCUAAAUUACUAUAUUGCUGUUGUGGAAACGAAAUGUUGCCUUCCGCCGGAAUUCCAGUUUUUUAACAAAGAGCGGAAUAGCAUCCAGCUAGUUACGGUUUCUAACUGACCGGUAAAAUACUUUAUUUUUGUCUGAAUCUUCCUUUCGAUGCAUGGUCUAUGAUUUUUUAACAAUGAUUCACUUUCCUGGAGAGCUUCCACUCGCCGUCUUAUUAUUGCACUAGUUGAUUAAACCCAUAAAUUAUCAAAUUGAUAACUCUUUUAAGUCUGAAUAUCGAAGUUGCGUUACUGAGCUUUUUUCUCAUGUCUUCAACAAUUAUGUCUCAACACUAAUUUUUCUUGGUAGAUUUAAUGCUUCUCGAACGUAUCAUAAAUAGUGCUUAUAUCAUAUUUCGAUUAUGUCUUUCACUAUGCACAUUAUGUUUGUUUUAAAGGAACAUGGGCAGCUUUUAUCGAUUGACCUGCUGCGAAAUUUAACAUGAAGAAAUAAAUUUGUCGCUUACAGUUACCCUGUGACGCGUAUGUUUUAAUUUCGUUUAAUAUUUCCAUUUACAUAUUUUUGCGUUUCCUCGAGAUAGGUCUUGGCUAGUGUUAAGCUCAGGUUAAGUGCUCCGAUGUUCUUCCCUACUUAUGGUCCUCGUAAUUUUUAUCUCGGUCAGUUCACGGUAAUGAACCUUCUUGGUGUUUAUCCCAAGUGCAAUGCAUUUUCCCGACUUAUGCUUCACAUUUCCCUUUAUUACGCAAUGCUCCAUAGAGGUUCAGAGCUUUUGUUAUAGCUUUAACAUUGGAUGGUUUCCACUUAUGUUUUAAAAUGGUGUCAAGGAACGAGUUUUCACAUAGAAGUAACACCAGGUAAUUUAGGUUAUAAUAAGAACAGACGAAGAAUUUAGUUGACGUGCAUCUAUCACAGCAGCUUUAGCUUAGGUGUUAUCGAGGCAGCUUUGAUGUCGAAUCAUGUUAUUUCAAUUAUAAUCGGGUUUAUCGUCGACCAACGACGUUUCGUAUGCAUGAACUCUAUUACGGAAGAUUGAAUUUUAGAUCAGAACUAUAUUUCAGUUCUCAAACUUAUUACCCAAAAUUUAUCCAAGUUUCAUCAUAUAAAUUAUCGUGUUUGUGAACAUAAAUCCGACCUAACGAUUGGCGUUGGAUCAAAACAUGUUUUCAGAGCAGCUAUAGCUGAGUGAAGCAGUCGUGUAUUGGUGCAGCUGUACUGGAAUUAUUGUCACCAUCUGUGCAGCUGUACAGGUAUUAUUGUCACUAUCGGUACAGCUGUGCUGGUAUUAUUGUCACCAUCGGUACAGCUGUGCUGGUAUUAUUGUCACUAUCGGUACAGCUGUGCUGGUAUUAUUGUCACCAUCGGUACAGCUGUGCUGGAAUUAUUGUCACUAUCGGUACAGCUGUGCUGGUAUUAUUGUCACUAUCGGUGCAGCUAUACUGGAAUUAUUGUCACCAUGGUGCAGCUAUACUGGAAUUAUUGUCACCAUGGUGCAGCUAUACUGGAAUUAUUGUCACCAUGGUGCAGCUAUACUGGAAUUAUUGUCACCAUCGGUGCAGCUAUACUGGAAUUAUUGUCACUAUCGGUGCAGCUGUACAGGUAUUGUUGUCACUAUCGGUGCAGAUGUGCUGGAAUUAUUGUCACCAUCGGUGCAGCUGUACAGGCAUUAUUGUCACCAUCGGUGCAGCUAUACUGGUAUUAUUGUCACUAUCGGUGCAGCUGUACAGGUAUUAUUGUCACUAUCGGUGCAGAUGUGCUGGAAUUAUUGUCACUAUCGGUGCAGCUGUACUGGUAUUGUUGCAGUUGUAAGGCCUCGCUGAUGUAGCGCUGCGGAAUGCCGUUCAAUUCUGCUGACUCUUCUCGUCGAUAGAAGCUUGUGAAUAGAUCGUAGCGAGCCCCAGCGUGAGAUAGAUGAACGCUAGUGUACUGCCUUUGAUGUUAAAUGCUAGAAUGUUAUCUUGGUCACUUUAAAUCCGAGUAGUUGCGCAUAGAAGUAGUGGAACCGAGAUUUCAGUUAUGAUGAUGAAUCCUAAUGUAUAGCUUUUUUACAUAUUAUCGAAGUUUUAUUUCUAAGCAAUUCUAUAGAUUGUCCAUUCACUGAUAAUCAGAAAUAAUAAAGCACUGUACUGGAA